CAGAUGAGAAUCAAUGCUUUAGCUUAAAACCCCGUACCUCCUGCUGGCCUAGUGGACGAAACGACGAGUGCCGCGAUGGUUUGCACGAAUGCUCUAUUAGUCGCGAUGGGAUAUCGUUUAGGUUUCUUCAAUAACAUUCCUGCCGGAAUGACUCGAGCCACAAUGAUUCGAAAUCGGAAAGGUCAAAUUGCUCUAGAGCUUCACCGCGGCCGACUGGCCAUCGCUCCAACUCCGCAAUUUGUGCCACCAACGUGGCCUAGACAAAGUGACGAGUACCGAUACACAAGCGGAUCUACCCCGUUCAAAAAGCUCACUUCUCGAAACUGUGAUCAAGGGGUCGUAGAAGAGCUUUCGCGCAGAGACCGCGCUAGAUGGUAUCGAGGCGUGCCACCAAAAAUUGAUUUUGAUGGAAGACCUACCAAAGCUGCCCUCAUCGCCUAUGGUACUGCUCAAGGAUAUGCUCGGAUACCACCUAUGUCAUGGGGCGCGCUGCGCAAUUGGUUUGAAAGAGCAGAUUAUAUGACUAGAACGGAUGCUAAUGGUGCCCCAGCUACCAAUCCUCCGUCUUAUUGAUGAAUCUUUACGAUUUUGUUGCUUUUAGACUUGUGUUCCUUUUAUUUGCUACUAUUUCCUAUUUCUUAUUUAUCAAGAUGGUGCUUGCAGGUUAUCUGUUUCAUGUACAAUAUUCAGCAUGUUGAUAGAU